AUGGGAAAAUUCUUCUUCUUAUCAAUCCUUUUCAUUUUAACUUACAGUACAGGCUUUGCAGAUGAGGAGAAGUACAUUUUUCACGAAUGCAAACCUUUUCCUUAUGCCUUUUUCGACUCCGUUCCAUUUCUGUUGGACUUCGCUCGAUGGAUCGCGUGGUUUCUUGAACAUUUCUUCAGAGCUGUCUAUUUUAUACUUAAUUCUGUUGUCAUCACUACCUGUGAAACCAUUUCCAGUAUCUUCAGCUGUCUCAAAUACGUGAUCAAGUUUGUUGAAUACCUCGGUUGUGGAGUUAAGACAAUCUUCCAACUGAACUAUAAUGUUGUGUCCUCCAUUUUUGACUUCAUUGCGAAGUCUGCUCGAUUUACGGCAGACUUUGUAUGUUCGUUUGUUGAGGGUGUCGCCAGUGGGAUUGUAUCAGUCUUCCAGAGCCUUCUAAGUCUCUUCCAUGAAGCUGUAUCUUUCAUUCCUAGCGGGUUAUAUCACGCUUCUCAUGGAGCCGUUGUGGCCAAGAACGCCACCGGCGUGCUAUUGUAUCAAUCUUAUCUGGGAUGGAGAUAUGUUUUCAAUACACCCACAUCAGCAGUAUUGACCAUUGUAACUAGCAUCAGAGCCGUGAUGGAGUGUCUUGUAGUGUCAAUAUGGAACACAGGGGUGCUGAUAGUGGAAAUUUGCCAUUCAGUUUUCACCUCAAUCUUCACUGGCAUUGAAUUUGUGGGAAAAACAGUCCAGACAUGCUCACUUUCUACCUGGCAUAAUCUCGUCUGGUUCUUUCACAGGCUGUGUCACUAUCUUCAAGCCAUGCUACACACAUUAGGGGACUUGACUCUGACAGUGUUUCAUACCCUCAUUUGGGUCAUUGAUUUAAUCUUUGGCAACAUGCACCAUGGCUUGUGGGUUGGAUUAAAAGCCAUGGGAUGGAUGCUCUAUAUGUCAUUGAACAAAGUGAUCUCUUGUUUCCUGGAAGGUCUUAGAAGUUUUCCAAGUCUGUUAGCUAUUGGAGUGCAUUACUUUCCAGGAGGCAAAUGGAGUCUCAUAAGCUUUGUUUCAAGUGCAUUUUUGAUUGCGUAUUCUUGGACUGUUUUGAGAGUAAAUGUGUUCAAUGUUGCAUUUGAAUUUUUGGAGUCUUCUUUACAAAGUGUUCUAGCCUUCAUUGCAACUCUCCAGACUCCUAGCUUUAUGCAGAGGCCCAGACAUUGCACACAAUCUUGCAAGGUGCCUGCAGAUGAAAAGGACCAAGACUUAAUGGAACAGUUAGAAAGAGAGAGAGACAGGAACUUGUGUGUUGUCUGCCAGACAGAGGAGAAGAACAUUGUUGUCAUGCCUUGCCGUCACAUGUGCAUGUGCAAAAGUUGCUGUACUCAACUUUUUAGGAUGCAAAGAUAUCAACGGAAAACAUGUCCACUGUGUCGUCACACUAUCACAUCAACCUUGGAAAUUUAUUCAUGA